UGAUUUUCCGUUGCGCUGUGCAGGAACAAAACUAAAUGCUAGCGAGUCACUUAGUUGUAAGCAGUUAGCAUUUUGGAAUGUGAAUGAAGUGGAAAUGAUAGAGUAGUUUUCUUUAAUCCAGCAUUCGUUGCAUGAUUGUCAGACCUUGCCUGAAAGAGCUGCGUUUGAUGAACUAGGAUGGGAAGUAAACUGAAGUAUGUGAGAGGAAAUCUGUUUUCCUGCCCCAGCACAGACUCUCUGGCUCACUGCAUCAGCAUGGACUGCAAGAUGGGCGCAGGCAUUGCUGUAACCUUUAAAAAGAAGUUUGGAGGAGUUAAUGAACUCUUGGCACAACAGAAGCAACCAGGAGAGUGUGCAGUGCUUAAGAGAGGUGGACGGUUUGUGUACUACCUGAUUACAAAGAAUAAGUACAACCAGAAACCUACCUAUGAAACACUCAGACGAAGUUUGGCAGCAAUGAAAGCACACUGCUUAGAAAAUGGAGUCACCAGGCUAUCAAUACCACGGAUUGGCUGUGGUUUGGACCGGCUUAGUUGGAGGAAUGUGUCUGUGAUCAUUGGAGAAGUCUUCCAGCACACAGAUGUAGCCAUAACUGUAUAUUCACUAUAAGGCUGCAACAGUCCAGAAAGAAGACUGACACUUUCAGUGCCUGGAUCAUCAUUGAAUUAUAGCACCUAUAUUUCCGUUCUUGGCUAAGGGACAACGUAGCACUGCUAGCUUGUAAAUAAUUUUCACGUCUAAUGAAUAAUUUUCACGUCUAAUCAGCUUUCACAUUCUAUUCUCUCUAAGCCCUUGGAGUUUACAGAAGAUUAAGCAUGUUCACCACUAGAUGGUGUUAUUAUUUGGAGUAGGUCAAGGUGUUUCUAAAGCUGAUAUUACUCUGGUUGUUCACUUUCUUCUAGUGCCAGAUUAAGUAAACCUGUGAUUGAAAAAAACACAUAUAAUUGUAUUUAUGCCAAACCAUGUUGCAUUAUUUGUUACUUAUUUCUCCAUUCCUUCAUCCUUUUCAAAUUGUUAAUUCAACUUUUCCUCUGCAAAUAAUACAUUUUUGUAUCUCUGAUAUUAAUUAUUAAAUAGUCAUUAAUAAAUGAAACAAAUUUAAAUACUA